AUGCUCACCGACUGGCCGGAUUCGAGUAAAUUGUUGUUGAAUGCGGAUCUACAUCAUAUUACCGUCAUGUGCGCUCGAGAUAACUCAGAAAAGCUGACGAAUGCUGCUUUUCAAGAUGCUAUCAAGGAACUUUAUGAAAAGAAAGACGGUCUAAACGAAUGGCAAUUGCGUCUUCUAGAAUGGUACAUUCUUGAGUUACGAGCAGGAGCUUGGGAGAAAUGGAUAAGCAAAGCCUCAUUCGAACACGAUUUCUACAACAAUUCGAUUAACAUUGAGGAAUUGCGACAUAACAAUGAUGGUCUGGCAAAAACUCUCGGGUAUGCCUCAGUAUCCGAACACCGAUUGGCGAAUAAGAUGGCUUCUAGUCCUGAUACAGUCCGAUCCUUCAUUCAAGCCCUUGAAAGAAGAAUACGCCCUGUUUUCAUGGAUCGCAUGGAGGCUUGGAGAGAUUUCGCGCAACAAAAACUUUUUAUGUCUGGUGAUCUUUUGCCUCACGACUUAUUUUAUGUUUGUCCUAAAGAAGCCGAGGCACAUUAUGACGUUAACACUCUUAAUUUGAUGAAUCACUUCCCAUUCUGGCCAACUUUCAACAAUGCCACUACAUUGCUUAAUCAGCUAUUCAACAUUGAGUUUACGGAUAUUACGAAUAGUGGGUUAGAGCGAGCACAUCCCGACGCCAAAAUAUUUUCGGUCAAAGACAAUAAAGAUGGUACUCAUUUGGGCCGCCUUUACCUCGAUCCAUAUGCUAGAGAAAACAAGCACAGCGGUUGGAACACUCUUCUGGCACGCACGGCUGCACCUGAACGAGGCCUUGACAAGAUUGUCUAUUUGAUUGGUUCUGUUGUACCACCCGUUCAUGAUGCUCCAUCAUUGUUACAUUAUGAACAAUUGCAGGACUUUCUCUUUCAGUUGGGAAAAGUUGUGCAAUUGUUAGUUUCACGAUCACCAUAUCGUGAUAUUUCAAUUCCAUGGGCCCCAUUCUACGCAUCUGACUGGGAUGCUGCUGAUAUGUUCCCUGUUUUCUGUCAAUUCUUCGUGACAAAACCUGGACUACUUCAAGCACUCUCAUCACCAGAUUACAAAAGUAGCGCUCCUUUGUCCUAUGAACAAGCCGAGUGUGCAUCUUUGGCAUUGAGUCGUGGAACGCUUUUCGACACCUACCGAACGCUUUUCUGGGCGGAUUUCGACUUGACCUUGUUUGAAAUGGAAGAGCGAAAGCAAAAGUUUUGGUUAGAUUUGUAUCGGGAGAUGCACAAAGAAUAUUUCCCA